AUGGUAAGUCAUCUCUACGAUGAGACGAUGGCGAGCGUCGCGGACGACUACGUCAUCUCCAAGGCAUUCGCAAUGACCAAUGGAGUGAAGCAGGAAUGCGUAUUCGCUCCAAUCCUCUUCAGUCUCAUUUUCUCUGCCAUGCUGACGGACGCCUACUGCGAUGAGCGACUUCGGAUCCGCAUCGGCUACAGUACCGAGGGACACCUUCUCAACAGCCGGCGAAUUCAGGCCCCGACGCGUCUCUUCACAACUACUAUUCACGGUCUGCUUUCCACCGAAGACUGCGCACUCAACAGCACAACUGAAAAAGACAUGCAACGUAGCAUGAACCUCCUCUCCUCCGCUGCGCUCACCUCGGACUGA